UGGAGCUCUCAAAACACGCGCGUGCAGACCGAAGCCGACGCUCAGUUUAUCGAGUUUAUCGAGAAAACAGCUUAUGAAAGACUCGAGCGCGAGAAGAAGCGGUCAAGAGUGCUCACACUUACAGCGAAGUGUUUUUAUCGACUAAAAGAGUUGACUAAAGGUGACUUUGAGCUCGUUGUUGUUGUAGAAGUGUCUGGACUGGACAGAGUGAACCAGCGACUGAUCCUGGACUCGCUGUUAUGGCAGCAAGCUCCAUCGAAAACGAAUACUUUACACUAAGUUAAUGGUUUUGGUCUGCUUGUGCCACUCCGGUCUUCUCAGCUUUCUAAACCACAGCAUCAGCAGGGCCUCUGCUUUCCCAGAAACUGAGCUCCACGCGACCAAAACUGACUUUGUUACCCUGAAAAGACUCUGGAAACUUAACAGCGAAACACCGGAAGGCAAUUUAUAAGGCGAAAUAGAUUUUCCAUUUCUCUGGCCUUCCGUGUCCAUUACCAAACGGAGAGCUGAAGUCUGUUGAAUUUGAUGACGUAAUUGUUGGAGAAGCACAGAUUUCUGGUUGAUUGUGGUUCCCUCAGACGUCUGGCUGUCACCUACCCCGACUGUAGCACUACUGAAAGAGAGGAUUCUGGGAUAGGUUCAUGCCGCGGUUGCGCCACUGUAUGGGGGUGUAAGGGAGGAGCAGGACUCUUGUGGGACGCUGGUGGAGUUCUGGCUGGUGGAGAUCAUGGGAAAAGAGCAGGACCUUCUGCAAGCGGUCAAGAAUGGAGAUCUAGCUACUACGCAGAAACUGCUGGCCAAGGUCAAAGCCAGCAAAAGCAAGUUACUGGGCUCCACAAAGAGGCUGAACAUUAACUAUCAGGAUCCAGACGGGUUUUCAGCGUUGCAUCAUGCUGCUCUCACGGGCACUACAGAGUUGCUCUCUCUGUUGUUGGAAGCUCAGGCUGUUGUGGACAUCAAGGAUUGCAAUGGAAUGCGGCCGCUUCAUUACGCAGCAUGGCAGGGUAAAGCUGACUCAGUGCUCAUGCUGCUGAGAUCGGGGGCCGCUGUUAACAAUGCGUCUCAUGACGGGCAGAUUCCACUGCACCUGGCUGCUCAAUACGGACACUAUGAAGUGUCUGAGAUGUUGUUGCAGCACCAGUCGAACCCGUGCAUUCUAAAUAAGGCCAAGAAGACUCCUCUGGAUCUGGCCUGUGAGUUCGGCCGAGUGAAGGUGGCUCAGCUGUUGUUAAACAGCAAUAUGGUUGCGUCUCUGUUAGAGGGUGAUCGGAAAGACGGGUCAGAGUUAAACUGUAACACUCCUCUGCACCUCGCUGCUCGCAACGGACACAAGGAUGUCAUUCGGCUUCUUCUAAAAGCAGGUAUUGACAUCAACAGAACCACUAAAGCUGGCACAGCGCUCCAUGAAGCUGCCCUCUAUGGGAAGACAGAAGUAGUGCGGCUACUGCUGGACAAUGGGGUUGAUGUCAAUAUCCGUAACACUUACAAUCAAACAGCCCUAGACAUUGUCAACCAGUUCACCGCAUGUCACGCCAGCAAAGACAUCAAACAGCUCUUACGAGAAGCUACAGGAGUUCUUCAGGUCAGAGCUCUUAAAGACUUCUGGAAUCUUCACGACCCCACGGCCCUCACCAUACGCGCCGGUGAUGUCAUCACGGUGAUAGAGCAGCACAUGGAUGGACGCUGGAAGGGCCACAUUCAUGACACCCAGAGGGGAACAGACCGAAUUGGCUACUUCCCCCCCUCCAUAGUCGAGGUCAUCAGCCGACGCUCAGGGGGCACCCUGUCACGACACGCCUCUCUGCCCACACAUAGGCAGCAGCUGCUCUCCAGGUCCGCCCUCAGUCCCAGCUUGAGUCUGAGCGGGGGCGGGACCACUCAAACUGACGACUCCUACAGUCUGUACACCACUAACCCACACCUGGUCCUCCCACACACCAACGGUCUGAGCACCAACCCAGGUGGGCCUCCCAGCAGUCUGUCCCAGCACAUGACCCCCAGCAUGGAGGACGUGUGGGUUUUGCGGAACUCCUGCACUGCUGGGGACAGGAACAGUGUGGGAAGCACUGGUAGUGUGGGCAGCACCCGCAGUGCAGGAAGUGGCCAGAGCACAGAAAGCAACAGCGGCCCUAAUGGACCACAGCAACACACCACCAGCCCUGACACCAGCAAGGUAACGCCCUCUGUUGUGACUUUACUACAGCCAGAUCAUAACAAACUUCCAGACACAUCUACAGGAGUUCCUCGCAGACCUGUGCUGCCCACACAGAGGCCAGGAGAGCAGGGUUUCUCUCAACAGUUUGUGCGUCCUCAACAGCUGCUGGAGGGCAAGGAUGCUGAGGCCAUCUAUCAAUGGCUUAGUGAGUUUCAGUUGGAGCAGUACACUGCUAAUUUCCUCACCGCUGGCUAUGAUGUACCUACAAUCAGCAGAAUGACCCCAGAGGAUCUCACGGCUAUUGGAGUGACUAAACCAGGACACCGUAAGAAGAUUUCUCUUGAGAUCAGCAACCUCAGUAUUCCAGAAUGGCUUCCAGAGUACAUACCACAGGAUCUUGGGGAGUGGCUGAGCGCCAUAGGUCUGUCACAGUAUCACAAGAAACUCUCAGAGAAUGGCUAUGACUCAAUAAACAUUGUCCGAGAUCUCACAUGGGAAGACUUGCAGGAGAUUGGCAUCACCAAACUAGGUCAUCAGAAGAAAAUGAUGCUAGCGGUAAAGAGGUUGUGUGAUAUUCAUAAGGCUCUUCUGCAGGCAGAAUCAGGGCAGGGCACACUGCGGCACAAAACCCCCGCGGCCCUCGACCUGGUCACUAUUGAGCCGCCCCCUGAGAGUGGCGACCUCCCCUCACCCCUCACUCCCAAGAUGAUGACUUUCCAGGACAGUGAGCUAAGUACUGAGCUACAGAGUGCCAUGUCCUCCCACUACAGUGGCUGUCAGGAUGGACUGGCCAUCAAGAACGCAGUAGGUAUUUCCUCCAGUCAGGAGAGCAUUGACACACGCUCUCGAGGCUCCGGACGCUCUCAGGAUCCCCCCAGCACCCCCUCCUCCACUUCUGCUGCGACCCCUUAUAGCCGCUCCCAAGAGAGCUUAACGAGCCCAGACAGCAGUCCUGCUAAAGAGCGCAACAUUCCAGAAGGCCGUGACCAAGUCCCACGUCCUCAGCUACCACAGCAGCAGCUGUUCAGUGCGUCUGCAGGCUUUAAAUACCCCGCGGUGCCUGCCAAACCCAAACUGAGCUCUGCUCCUUCUCCACAAGGCUAUCCUGUUCAUAAAACCCUCAAUUAUCCACGGUCACAAUAUAACAGUGCCACGCUUGACCGUCACACUCCUAGCGUGACCAAGAAGCGCACACAGAGUCUGUCUAGGUAUGCUUUGUCGGACGGUGAACCAGAUGAGGAUGAUGAUGAUGAAGCAGCUCAGCUGGCCAGUAUGGCUAUGCCUUCGUAUGCCACUCUGAGCCGCAAGCCUACCCGUGGCCAGCUGGCACGUCUUCAGUCCGCCCCCGAGCAGUCCGUCAGCCGAAGCCACUCUUUCGCCAUCAGGACUCGGCGUAAAGGGCCUCCUCCUCCACCACCUAAGCGCCUUAGCUCCGUCAGCAGCAGCACUAGUGUUGAAACUGUCUCUGACACUCCAGCAUCACCUUCUGGAGGAGUUGAGAAUGGCAGAUCUGGGGCCGUAAAGAUCAUCGCAGCUGCGCUAGAAACAGUACUACCUGCGCCUACGGUAGAGCUCCUUCAGGAAACCCCUACAGCUGUUUCCGGUACUAACGAAGGGUCCAGACGCAGACUUCUGAGUCAGACAGGAUCCACUCCAGUGUCUGCAGAUACCGAUAGAGCAACAAAGUCUGACUCGGAGGAGGAAGGGAUGAAGGAUUCGGGCCUGGAGACCUCAUCCUCACCUCAGAACAGCUCCAGUGAGUGCAUCCCCUUUGCGGAGGAAGGCAACCUCACUAUCAAACAGAGGCCCAAAGUUGGCGGGCCUCUCAAGGCAGAGACCACUUCUGAGUCGACAGAGAAGGCCAAACCGGCCAAAACUCCUGAAGUUCCAGAGUUCAACCUUAAAGAGUCCGACACAGUAAAGAGACGGCAGAAGCCAAAAGAGAAAGAGCAGUCAAACACAGCGCCUGACAGCAGCCCAGAUGGCACAUCAGUUUUAGAGACUCAGGACACGGUGAAACUCCGCAUCAGUGAAACAGAUAUGAGUCUGCCAUGUGUGGAGCUUCCAGCCAAACCAGUGAAAGCACCUCCACCUCUUGCUCCCAAACCUCCCAGUCCUCUGAAUUCAACACGGCACGCCUCUAAAUCAGAUCCUGCUACUGUAACAGCUGUCGGCUCCAGCGUGACACUGAGUGUUGUACAGAGUGUUGCCUUUGCAGCACCCAAGUCUCCAGUCCCAAACUCCCCCUCGCCAGAGAACACCGGUCAAAAUAUGAUAUCAGGAAGCCUCCAAGCUCUGAUGGAAGGAGAUCAAGGGUCAACACUGAAGCAUCAGAGGCUGGAGAAGACCAGCUCAUCCCUGGAGGAAGCACUGAAGGCUGUGGAGAGAAAACUAACUCUGGAGAACAACAAUGUGGGUGUUUCUCAUGUAGUCAAGUCUGCAGGGAACAUUCUGGAUGACAUCGGGAACAUGUUUGAUGACCUGGCCGAUCAGCUAGAUGCAAUGCUGGAUUAAAGAUUCUCAUGGAUUGGAUGGAGCUGUUUAUUUUUUGACGGCCCAAAAACAGGAGGGUAGAGAUCUACGUAUAGCAGCAAGGUUUCUUCUGCCUUAUAAUUCAGAUGGAAAACAGAGAUGAACUCUUGAACACAAAAGUGGGAACCUCCAUUAAUCUUUAUUUAGAUGGACCACACAGACAUUCAUGGACCACAGUCUUUUGACUAAUGUCAGUCUAGAUGUCAUCUGUAUUUGUUUGUUUGUUUGUUUAUUCUUAUUCCAGCGUCUAAUCAACCAGCAUAUAUAUUUCGGGGAUGAACUGUGGACUUGACCAAGCGUGACCCCAGUGAACUUUACAUGAUGGACCUAGAUAAACGAAAUGCACUUAGGAGAAUCAUUCCUAAAGCAAUAUACAUUUCAAAACAAUACACUGAUUCAAACAUUUCUAGAAAGAUUAAUGGGAUAAUUCACUCAAAAAGUGACAAUUCUGUCAUCCUUUGCUUGCCCUUAUGCUAAAGCGUAAAGUAGAAACUUCACACAGCUCUUUUUCAUAAAGAAAUCACCAAGUGACCAGCUGUUGAAACA